CGCCAAUAGGUUGCAUUUCGGAUCUGAAAAGACGUGUCCGGUGCCCCUGUUGUGGGACCGUAUGAGCGCCACGUCAGCCGAGAUCCCGCUGGCACGAUGGAAUGUGCCGGCGAAGCCGGGAACACCUCACCACACACCGCUUCCCUCAGGGGAGUCCCUGAUUCCCCUCCUCCCGUCGCGGCCGUCCGUCUCGCAGUCGCAUCCCACGGUUCCUGCCUCCCUCCCUCGCGCCCCGCGCUCCUAUCAGCCUCAUCCGCCCAGGCCAACCAGCAGACCAAGUAGCGACACACACAUCACUUGCCAGGCCACUUGCUCUCUCUCUCUCUUCCUCUUUCUCUCUCUGGCAGAGGGAGCUGCCAUGUGGACGCGGGGCUCGCCGGGGAGGCUGCCGGCGAUGGAGGAGUGCAGCGAGGACGGGGAUGCGGAUGCGGACGUGGACAUGUACCGGCGGACGAGCGGGGCGAUGGCCUCGUGCUGGGGCCGCUUCGGCGUCGCCGCGCUGUGGCGCAGGCUGCGUCAACAGCUCAGCCUGGCGCGGCGCAGGAGGCGACACGGCCGCUCCAUCCUCGGCGCCGGCGGGCCCAACUACGACCUGCUCAGCUACGCGCAGAACUUCGACGACGGCGGCCUGGAGGAGCGCGAGGCGCCGAACUUCACCAUCAGGUUCGCGCCCCCGCGGCAUGCUGUCUCGCCGAGGCGCGCGGCUGCAGCGCCGGACGCCGUCGCCGCAUGACGCGCGCCGUGGCCCGCGCAUACAUGCAUGCGGAGUUUUUACCACUGCUCGCUGCGCGUCCUGUGUGCGACGUCUCAAGUUCUUCGGCACUCGACAACACCUAAGCUCUUAAGAAGCGACUCAAGAUACUACCGAAGCAUCAAGUUCAAAUUCUUAAAACCUCUGAAAUGUUGGAAUAAAGUUGUAACGAAGUUCAGCUUAAAAUUAUAGUGUUGUAAUACAUAAUUUCAUUUGCAAGUAUAUAUAUAGUAUUGUGGUUGUUAUUGAGAUUUCUA